UUAAUGAUGAUCUCAAAUUUGGUCUGGCCGUGGGCAUCCCAUUGUUUGUUCUGCUGACCAUGGCAGUCAUCAUUGGCCUGUGUAUAGCAAAGAACAGGAGAGGUCAAGAACUGACCCAUUCUCUGCACUCAGAUGAUGAUGAGAGGUGAGUGCAUUAAUCCAUUAAGGGUUUCCAUUCCAAGUUAGGGCUUAGGUGGUCUAGCCGUACUGGCAAUUCAUCUUCACCAGAUUUUUUGGGGUAAUUUAUGGAUUAUAUGAAGAUUGUUUUGACAGCCCCUCAAAAGUCUAAGGAAUAAAUGAAUCCUUCCAAACUAAGUGAUAGAGAUGGUUUGUUAUAUUAUUCUUGGUGACUGUCAGUAAGUGUGACAUUGUCAGGAAUGAGUGCCAUCAAGACAACAUGACGAAAAGAUGGAUGAGGAUAUUUUUUUGUGUGGAAACAUCAAGUUUAACUGACGGCAAAGCAAAAAAUGUCUUUUGUCUGUCUAAUUCAAUAAACAAAAUCAUUUAAGUGGUGUUAAUGCUCAGAAAUCUGGGUGAAUUUUUUGAAUAGCUUAAAUAUUUAUUUUUUUUAAACAAAGACUUUGUGGAUGUGCAGGUCUGAUAAAAGCGUCUCUUUGAAUGGCAUGCUUCUGCCUGGAAAUUUUGAUAUAAACUUUCAAAUUUAAUGGUUAGAGCUUAAAGUGUUCAUUUGGAAACCUUUUGAUUGGGUUUCUUGGGUUUCUAAAUGAAAAAAAAAGAGGAAACCCUUAUCGCUGUUGAAAUGAAAGAGAAACUAUAAGAUAAUAAUCAAAAUAUUGAAACCUUUUUUUUUUAAAUUUGAUGCUCUUCAUUGAUUUGUGUAACUUAAAUCAACCACAACACUAAACUCAUUCAUCAAAAGAUUGAUAUUUUGAUGCCUUAAAGUUUCAAGUUCUGAACCCUAUUUUUGGGUCAUGAAGUGCUAACGCCUCUAGUUUUAUGUGAAUGAUGAUAUGGAAUUUCCUAGUAGAAACGCACGUCAAGUGGGUUACAAUUAUUAAAAAAAAGGUUUGCUCUUCACUGUCUUGUUUUAGUUUUAUACUUAAGUGAUUUCUCUUUUUUAUUUCACAUCAGCCAUAUCCAAAGUACGUUUGCAAGAGGUUUAGCCAAACGAGGCACCUGGGAUGGUAGGGACAGGCUCGGACUGUAUCAUCAUGACGGCCUGUCUCUCGGCUCAAGUGGGAGGAGCUUGGACUGCGGCAGACCCCAUGUUCAACAAUUUGGAGAUUUAUCGUGGAGCAGCUCAAGGAAUGAAAGGGACGCUGAAGGUGUGUCAUGUCAUAUUUAUAACCUUUUUAUUGAAAAUGGCAGCCAAGGGUGGUUCUAUAAUAUUUUCUAAGCUAGGAAAGGGGUGAUAAAGGUGUUACAUAAUCACAGAAACCCUGAAAUAUAUUACACAUGCACUGGAAUCUAUCCAAACAUACCCAGGAAUUUAUCCACUCACUCCUGAAAUAUAUCCACUGACAUCCUGUAAUAUAGGCAGUCACAUCCUAAAAUACAUCCACUCUCAUCUUGAAACAUAUCUACUGACAUCCUUGAUUAUAUCCACUGACGCUUGAAAAAUGGAAGGAUUUUUAAAUUUCAAAUUUUGUUAUAAAUGAGGGACCAAAAUUAAAAUACAUUUUUCUCAGAUUUUCUACUAUUCUAAAUGUGCUUCAAUUUAUGACUUUCUUACAACGGUAUUGUUUUAUUAACUUUUUCAGCUCUGCCAAAGCAGGAACAAGGAAAUUUCUCAUGGGACUUUUUAUAUAAAAUCUUGGAACCCAGUGGACAGGUAAACUAA